ACACUGGACUGCUCUGGGCAGUGACGCAGAGAAGGAUACAGAUGCUCGGGCACUUUUUGACGUUAAACUGUUAGAAAUCCGCACCGCUCGGACGAAGCUCUGGUUGUUGUAGUUUUUUUUUUUUCCCUUUAACGUUAGGCGACAUCGACGUGUCAGCCUGAGUAAAUGUAAAAGCGUGCGCUGGUCAGGCGAAAGCGCUUCUUUAUGUCGAUAGUGGUGUGGUGUCGCUGAUUAGGAGAAUAAAGAUGCCGCAGCCCAAAUCUCGAAAAAUCGCCGUGCUGGGCUACAGAUCCGUGGGGAAGUCCUCUUUGACAAUACAGUUUGUGGAAGGCCAGUUCGUGGACUCGUACGACCCGACUAUAGAAAACACAUUUACUAAGAUGAUUACAGUCAAUGGCCAAGAGUACCAUCUGCAGCUGGUCGACACAGCAGGGCAGGAUGAGUACUCUAUUUUCCCUCAGACUUAUUCCAUAGACAUCAAUGGUUACAUCUUGGUGUAUUCUGUUACGUCAAAUAAAAGUUUUGAAGUAGUAAAAGUUAUUCAUGAAAAAUUGCUGGAUAUGGUGGGAAAAGUGCAAGUACCAAUUAUGCUGGUGGGAAAUAAAAAAGAUCUCCAUAUGGAGCGUGUUAUCAGCUGCGAAGAAGGAAAAGCGUUGGCAGAAUCAUGGAACGCAGCAUUCAUGGAGUCCUCUGCAAAAGAGAACCAGACUGCAGUCGAGGUGUUCAGGAGUAUAAUCCUGGAGGCGGAGAAGAUGGACGGCGGAGCCCCACCAGGCCGGACAACCUGCUCGCUGAUGUAGAUUCGCACUCCCUGCCUGUCCUGACCACUGGAGGACACACAUAGACCUUUCUGGAGAAUGCUUUUUCAAUCAGUCCUUCAGUUAGUUACGGGAACAUGGGAAUUUUUGGCUUAGAUCAGGACGAGGUCAGGGGUUCGAGAAUAAGGGUUUGGAUUCGGUUUAACAGAUAGAGUUAAGCACAUCUUGCGAUAAAUUGUUCACCAGAAAAGUCUGUUUGUAGUCCACUACCACCCCCCCACCCCCCC